CUCUGGAAAUUGUCUAGGUUGCGUAUUCGGUACGUGAUGCCGGCGGCGCACCUGACGCUGCGCGAGGAGGACGUGGUGCGAUUGACCUUGGAGUUUCUCCACAGCCGUGACCUUCACAUCUCGCAGCUCUCACUCGAGCGCGAGACCGGCGUGAUAAACGGCCAAUACAGCGACGACGUACUCUUUCUUCGCCAGCUAAUCCUCGAUGGACAAUGGGACGACGUGCUCGAGUUCAUCCAGCCAUUGGAGGCGCUCUCGGACUUCGACAUGAGGAAGUUUACGUAUUCGAUCCUGCGUCACAAAUACGUCGAGCUACUAUGCAUCAAAUCCGAAGCGAACGUCAUCGCCGCCGGUACCAAUGGCAGUGUCGACAACGCUGUGGAAGAGGUCGUCAAGGUGUUGAAUGAUCUUGAAAAAGUCGCGCCUUCCAAAGACGAGUACAGCAGUCUAUGUCUAUUGCUUACUUUGCCGCGACUGACGGAUCAUCUGCAGUACAAAGAUUGGAACCCCAGCAACGCUAGGGUGCAAUGUUUCCGCGAGGUUCAUCCUCUGGUAGAGAAAUUUCUACCGGGCGACAGGAAGAGUAUCGACUCCGCGCAUCCGGUCACCUCGGCGAAAAACGAUCGACUCAUUCAGCUUAUUAUCAAGGGCAUCUUGUAUGAGUCCUGCGUUAAUUACUGCCAAGCAAAAGCUACCGGGUCGAAAGAGAGCGAACAGGUAGAGAUGAGUUUCUCGAGACUGCUGGACGGGUCUGUAGGCUUUAGCGAUUCGGACUUAAGUUUACUCUCAUGGCUUCAAAGUAUACCCCCCGAGACAUUCGCUGUACCCUUCGCGCAAAGAACUCUGAACGUCGACGUGGAGCGCCUGGAGAGACCCUCUCUAGAGACCUCGUGGACGGAGCACAUGCUGAUAACGCCGAUAAAACCGAAAACCUUUCCGCACAGCGCUAUGCCGUUCACCAGACCGAGAUCCGCCGCGGAUAUGAUGUCUCGUAGUUUAGUGCCGGCUCUAGAGGCCGGUCUCGGGCCCAGAAGUCCUGGAUCCAAGAAUACGACCAUACCAUCCGCGGCGCUUAUGGCGCUGUCCAUCGGCGACGUGAACCCGAUGUCCAGGUCGUCCUUUGCUAGCUUCCACCUGACCGGCUUCAAGAACAACAAACUGAUGAAUACUAGCGUCGAUAGGCUCUUUGAGAACGAGGGUGACGUCUUCCUUAGCUCGAAUUACGCCGAGUUCCAACAGUUACCUUCGAUACAAGAGACUCUGACGAAUAUUCAACCUAAAGCUCCACCGAGGACGAGAGGACACUCCAAAAGCCCCGAUGGUGUGGAAAUGGACCCUUCAGCAACAUCCACGCCAGAACGUAGAGUGGCUGGAAGGGAAUCGCCUGCUCUCUCGACCGCCAGGAGUUCCAGAAGAGAUUCUUUGGCGGAGAAGCCUACCGGAGUCACGACCAAAAUUACGGAACCGACCGCCAUCCCAGUUAGAGCGGUAGUAGCUCCUGGCGACCAUCUCGAACAAAGUUAUAACGGUGGCCUGUUCAAGGAGUACCAGAAGCAGAAACAGCGAUUGCAGGAAACCAUUCAGCAAAAGGAAAGGGAGAGAGACGAAUUAGUUAGGCAACUAUCGGCACCGUUACCCAUGCAAGUAGCUGAUAAUAGACUACAAGGAGAAGGCAUAAAGCAGCCAUUGGGGAGCAAAGGACCUUCUCCGGUUCACACGAGUACACCUGUCCGGUCUGGAAUCCAGUCGCCGAAGCCCACAAUCAAUGGAUCAGAUCCAAUCGCGAGACAAAACUCGAUGCCAGGUGGCAUUUAUGACUCAAGGGUGUCGGAGGGACAUUAUGAUAUCAUCAAAUCAAAGCAGGAGCCGAGACCGGAACUCGACACCAGCAACGGAAGCAGCAACGGUGGCGGCAGGCCGCGAUUCGUUCCCGUCACUGCCCUGGAAGACGUGCAGGCAGUUCGAUGCGCCGAAUUCCACCCUCAUGGAAAAUUGUACGCCGUGGGAUCGAAUUCGAAGACGCUACGGAUAUGCGCUUACCCAAAACUGCACGAUGUCAGGGAGGAUCAUCAGACGUAUCAACCCACUGUUCUCUUCAAGAGAACGAAGCAUCACAAGGGUUCCAUAUAUUGCCUUGCGUGGACACCGGAUGGUCGAUUGAUGGCAACCGGAAGUAACGACAAGACUGUGAAAUUGAUGCGUUUCAACGCUGAUACUUCGAACCUUGAAGGACAAGAAGUCGAAUUAACUAUGCACGAUGGUACAGUGCGCGAUCUGUGCUUCCUCGAGGAUACGUCGAACAAAUCGAGUCUUCUGAUCAGCGGUGGUGCUGGCGAUUGCAAGAUUUACGUUACCGAUUGUACGACUGGCACACCUUUCCAAGCCUUAAGCGGUCACAGCGGCCAUGUGCUAACACUUUACAACUGGGGCGGAGCGAUGUUUGUUAGCGGAUCGCAGGAUAAAACAGUCAGAUUCUGGGACUUGAGAACAAGAGGCUGCGUCAAUAUGGUCACACCUGCGACGGUACCUGGUAGUCGGCAUCUGAUUCCACUGCAGGUUGGCAGCCCCGUAGCCGCGCUAUGCGUGGAUCCAUCUGGUCGGCUUUUGGUGUCCGGCCACGAGGAUAGCAGUUGCGUUCUCUUUGACAUUCGCGGUGGCAGGACGGUCCAGUGUUUCAAACCUCACGCAGCGGAUAUCAGGAGCAUACGAUUCUCACCGUCAGCCUAUUACUUAUUGACAGCGGGAUACGACAACAAACUGGUACUCACAGAUUUGCAAGGUGAUCUUACGAUGCCUCUACCUAGCGUUGUAGUAGCUCAACAUCAAGACAAAGUCAUCUCAGGACGUUGGCAUCCGACGGAAUUUUCGUUCCUCAGCACUUCCGCUGAUAAAACCGCAACCCUUUGGGCCUUACCGCCUGUUUAAACACCCAGCAUGGUAACGCGCGCAUUGUUAUUUAUUUCUCCGCUUUUUUUAAAGAAUAUUUUGACACAAUAAUUCAUCUUCAACUGCGUUGUCUGGAUGUAUGAUUUAUAUUGAGUCAACCGCAUAAAAGAUUCAUAUUAGAUUUUCGAGUUUUUCGACAGACAUUAUGAACACAAAACAAAAUGAACAGUUUCGAGCGAUAUCAACAUAGCUAAUGCGUAUCUAUGUAAUAGCGCAUAAUUUAACCAUGACCACAAUUAAAAUUAUUCUUUGAUUUAUGUGACAGCGUCAUUAACUCGCAGCAAAGUAUUGCGAAGGUUAAAUAUUCAAACGAUUAAAACCUAACAAGUUGAAGACUCAGCUUAGAAGGGGGGUAGAAAACACGUUGAUUGGACACAUUAUCGUACAAACAUCGAUAACAUUGUUUUUAUAAUUACGAAUUUGAUACCGGGAAUCACAAGACUGUGGACGAAUAAUCGAUUCGAUUCUGCUUUAUAGCUAUACGAAGCAGAAUUGUAUAUCGCGAGUUUGAAAUAUCUUCUUUUUACACAAUGUGGGGAUAGGUUUUCAGAUUUCAACAGAUAUUCUUUUCACGCAUGCGUACUUAUCAAAUCCGCGAUGCGAUAUAUCCCUUCCCCCCCUUCUUAAAUAUAAUUUUGUUAUAAUCAGAGAUGCCUGUAUUGUAAAUACACGUUAAGGUAAGUUAAGAAAAUUUUAGUAAUACGAUAUUCGUGCUCCUGUACAAAAAGGACGUAUUAAUUUCUAAUUGAAUACUCUUUUAUUUUCGCUCAGUAUCACGUUAUCUGCAUUGUUUCGUAACGUUUAAAUAGAGACAUUUGAUAGAUUGUCCUAUUUGUUAUUUUAUUCUUGUUUCACUAAAAAAAACGUUGCUUUUUUGCGUAAUUUGCGCGCGCAUACGUUCAACUUAUAAAUGCUCCUACUUCCAUCUCCAUAUUAUCGACUCACAAGCCAAAUAUACACAUGCGUUCUAGUAUACAUAGAUAUAUACUUAUAUAUCCGCAUUUUCGCGAAGAAAUUAUAUACGUACGCUCAUAUUAAUCGCUAUUUUUUACGAAUUAAGAUAAUUAAUAUAAAUCGAGAGAGUUUAUCCGAGCGUCGAAUUACGCGAUUUGUCGCGACAUGUGAGUACGUUUACACAAAUCGAAGAAAGAUAGUAUUCUUCAGUAAUAUAAAGUCGUAAGGACUAACAAUUAGAGAUUUAAGUUGCUUGUUGCAAUCGCCAAAGCUCGCAGUAGCAUCAAAACUAAAACAGAGAGAUGUCUUGUUUCGAAUUGUUAAAAGCAAUUUUUUCUUAUAGAUGAUAGCAAUUUGAUGGGACGCAGUUUCUGUAAAUAUAUAGUUGGCAAUUGAACUCGCUAAUUCCUUGAUUUUAUCAUUGAUCUGUCGGAUAACGAUGCACGCAAUCAUAUCAUAGUUUAUUUUUAUUCCUACUUCAACAUUGACGCUCUUAAGAGAGUUUCAUUUUGUUCUAUUAGCAUAUAUUUUUGGCGUACGGACAAAUCAUAUCUUAAGAUUGCAUACGUAUUUGAAAAGAAUGGAAAAGUGAUUUAUAAGAUAUAUUAAAAGCAAAAUACGAUAAAGGGAACACGGGUGAAUGAUAAGGAAGUUAGAGUUAACCGCUCGCCAAAUAAAUUCAUGAUUUUUCACAGUCAAUCAUUCGCAAGAUCGCAUGGAAUGUGAUAUUGCGAUUAGAAUUAAUUAAUUAUUCAAUUAUUCGUUAUUAAUUAAUUCGUUAUUAAUUAAUUAUUAUUUAUACAAUAAUUUAAACUUUCUUUUUUAUGCAAAAUCUUUUUAUAAAACUAAUUGUCACGAAUAUUUCAUUGUUUCUAAAUCUGUUCAAUAUUAUCGAAUAUUUUUAAAAUGGUUCUUACAGAAAUCCAAAGCUUUACGAAUAUAGAUAAUGGAUAUAGAUAACCGGGUAAUAUUGGCGAAUAUUUGUGCAUUUAUGUUAUACUUAAAAUUUUUAUUGAUUCUGCAUGUUUUGCGUUUCAGAUCUUGCUAUUCAAUAGGUUUGUCUUCCCGCUUCGUAUGCAUUUUGCAAUGAUUGACAGAAGAGAUCAGAGAAUAACGAUGGCGAGCAAACGGAAUAGAACGAAAGCAAUUAUUUGUAAUUCAACGCAAGCAUUUGCUUCCAUGUAGCAAUUUAUCGUGCCUUCUGUCGUGGCUGCUUUCGGCGAUUCACACAUUUAUUUUUGUAUUUUUUUGUGAACUCUUAUUCUCCUCCUUCAACCCCGCAUUCCACAACGGUAAUCUCCCCAUCUCGUCUCACAAUGUAUUCAAACGAGUUCGUAAACGUCUGAAGUAAAAGUCUCUCGCUAUCUCGUACUCGAGUAUUACCGCAUAACGCACUAUACAUAUAUAUAGUAUAUAACUUAUAACUUUGUACUUUUCUUGUAGAUACGAUUAUAAUAUGUCACGUCUAAUUUAAACAACAAUAAAAUUUACGUUAUUAAA